AUGGACUACAACACUAAUAGCAUAGCAGCAUCUGAAAUAACGCCUCCUCCACAACACAACACAUUACAACCACCACCACAACAACAACUGCAACAACUGCAACAACUGCAGCAUCUGCAACAUCUGCAGCAGCAGCAUCUCUUCCAACACAUUAAACGAAGAAACGACGACUUCGAACUGAACCAACACCGUUUCAAAAACAUGACUCACGAAGAAGCCAUAAACUCAACCACAGAAUGGCCCCAAUUCAUACAUCCCGAUGGAGGCAUAGUCAAAAUCUCACCAUGGGGGUCAAUACGAGAGUACACUGACCCCAAAACCAACCAAACCGUGACUAAAUUUGAAGAUUGUAACUUUGACGACUACUCGUUCAGGUCGGAGUCGGUUGAAAAGAUUUAUCAGACACCAGAUACGCCACAGUCGUUGCAUAAUCAAUCUGGUAGUGUUGCUACUAGCAGUGGUGGUGCCGGUGCCGGUGCCGGUGCCGUUGCCGUAGCUGGUGGCGAUUCUGGGGCCAACCCAUUCACUCUAAGUCCAAGCAAUGAAGUUGAAGGGUAUGUCGUUGAUGGGUAUGGUCAAUACCGAAAGGAUGCAUAUUCGCGUGCGAAUGAUCAGUAUCCAGUUGAGCAAGAGAAUUAUUUUGGCAUUGGUGGUGAGCAAAUGGAAGAGUUUGAUUGUAGUUAUAACGAAGAUGAAGAUGAGCAAAUGAAGUAG